CUCGGACUAGAUAAGUACCAUCGUCGCCCCUCUCGAAUCAAAUCCCAAAAGCGAAGGGCCAGCAUACCACCAGGGCACAUCAUAAUCGUCUUCCACGACAAACAAUGCGAAUCUCAUUCUCGGUCUCACUGCUCCUGGCGAUCGCGGGCCGAGCUGCCGCCUACUCGCAGCGUCAACAACAGGUCAUCACCACAGACCUCGACGCCGACGACUUUCAUAUCCAUCCCGGCCACACCUAUACCCUCUCUCACCUCCAUGUACCCAACCACAAACUAGAGAUCAAGAGCCACGAUGGCGAUUGGUGUGACCCUGACGUCAAAUCGUACAGCGGGUACAUCAACGCUGGGCACGGCAGGGACCUCUUUUUCACCUUUUUCGAAUCCCGUGACAAGCCCGCAGAAGACCCCGUCGUACUCUGGAUCAACGGUGGGCCCGGUUGCUCUUCCAUGCUCGGUAUGUACCAAGAGCUCGGACCUUGUACCAUCGUCGACCCAUCGCACAUCAACGGGACCAAGGUGAACCCCCAUUCCUGGAACUCGAAGGCCAACGUGAUCUUCCUCGAAGAACCCCUCGGGGUCUCGUUUUCGUACGGUCGACAUGGCCAGACGACGGGGACGACCGAACAGGCCGCCGUGGACGUCCAAGCCUUCCUGAGCCUGUUCUUCAAGACGUUCGAUAGGUUCAGGGGCAACGCCUUUUACAUGGCCGGCGAGUCGUACGGGGGCAGGUACUUGCCCGUCUUUGCCAGCGCGGUGUACGACUUGAACGAUCGCAACGCCUUACACGGGCUUCCCGUGAUCAACCUCCAAGGAGUGUUGAUCGGGAACGGGAUCACCUCGGCUUUCAAGAUGCAAGAGGCGUAUUACACCUACCAGUGCACCUCGAUCGAGGGGAUCGGCAGACCGUUGCUACCCAUCGCCGCCUGUGUCGAGAUGAGGAAAUCCUUGCCUUACUGCGUAGAGAUGACCCACGCCGAGUGUCUGAAACGUCACGACCGAAUCGCGUGUCAGGGCGCGAUGGACUUUUGUGCGAGCAAGGUCGGGGAACCGUUCUGGAACCUGGGAUUGAACCCUUAUGACGUCUCGAAGCGAUGCACGCGGGACGAGCUCGCCGACGGUCUCUGCUAUGGUGAAGCCAUGCGCAACAUCUCCACCUACCUCGACCUGCCCGAAGUCAGGUCCUAUCUGGGCGUCUCUGAACGUAUCGGCAACUGGACGGCAUGCUCCAACAAGGUCGCCCAAGCGUUCGCCGACUCGAUGGACGAGACGGACAUGACCUGGCUCUACGUCGCCGGCCUGUUGGAGAGGAAGAUCCCCGUCAUCUCUUAUGUGGGUACGUACGACUGGAUCUGCAACUAUAUCGGCAACGAGGCCUGGUUGGAGGAUCUCGAAUGGACGGGAAGCAUGGGGUACAAGACGGCCGAGGUCAGGGAUUGGGAGGUCGAGGGCAAGGUGGCUGGGUACACCAAGACGUUUGGCGGAUUGACGUUUGCCACCGUCGCCGGAGCUGGGCAUAUGGUACCCAUGGACAAACCGGUCGAAGCGCUGGCGUUGCUGAACCGAUGGAUCGAGGGAGGUGGAGACGCGUUGUAAUCGAGAAGACAAAUCGUCAGACUCCGCAUGGAACAGAGAGGAACACUUCGUAUCCCCAAGGACUUCCAUAUGCAUGUAACUUUAGCUUGACUAGCUCAUUUCAAAUUGCAAAGAAGCUAUGCUUGGAGAAUUCGGAUUAUCGAUCAAACGACAUGCGUCAACCAGCGAGGGCAAGUCGAGAUGAAAUCAGCCGGGUAGACCAACUUGAGCAGGGUUUGAUCUUCUUGCAAGACUCGUGAAGUCACGUUCAUUCUACCCGUAUGUCCAAUUUAGUUGUUUCAUGUAUCGAUAUAUAUAGCCUCUAAUCCUGAUGAGCGCUUGAACAAGC